AAAAAUCAAAGUUUGAUACGUUUGACUUUCCCAAAAAAUGGCAGAUUCGAUUCAGAUAAAUACGCGUCACAUUAGUACGCUCUAGAGAGAGAAAGAGAUUGAAGAAGCAAAAAUGGCGGAAUCACAGUCUCAUCCGUACGCUCCCGCAGACUUGAAACUCGAAGGAUACGUACCAGUCGUCCUUCCCCAAUCCACCAUCAUCGGCAUCUACUUCGGCGUCUCCAUUUUCGUCGUUUCCCUCAUCUGGAUCUUCUCCGGGAGAUUUCCCAAGAUAACUAAAGUGGAUAGAUUGCUAAUGUGCUGGUGGGUUUUCACUGCACUGACCCACUCGAUUCUCGAAGGCUAUUUCACCUUCUCUCCUGAAUUCUACAAGGACAAGACUGCUUUUUACUUGGCUGAAGUUUGGAAAGAGUACAGCAAAGGGGAUUCGAGAUAUGCUGGUAGGGAUGCUGCAAUUGUUGCUGUUGAAGGAAUAACAUCAGUUUUAGAGGGUCCUGCCUCCCUUCUAGCCAUGUACGCAAUAGCUACCCGAAAGUCAUAUAGUCACAUUCUGCAGAUUGCCAUUUCCUUGGGGCAGCUCUAUGGAGCUUUCGUAUAUUUCAUAACAGCUUUCUUGGAUGGUGACAAAUUCGCCGCGAGUACGUUUUAUUACUACUCCUACUUCGUUGGAGCCAAUUCCCCCUGGAUAGUAAUACCGACGUUGAUCACGAUCCGGUCUUGGAAGAAGAUCUGUGCGGCAAUGGAGGCCUUCCAGGGCCAGAAUAAGACCAAAACUCGCUGAGCUUUGAAUUAGGAUGGUAGGCAACUUUUUCCAGAUUAUUUGCAAGUCUUUUUUCUUUAUGUCUUGACACAAUUAAGUUAUUGUCAAUUUGAGGGGUUUGUGGGAGAUAUGAUUCAGAGGAACAAGUAAAUUUAUCCAAAUAUUGCAAUGAAAGA